AUGGAGUGCUACUACUCUUCGAAGCUAGCCUGGUCCCAGCUGGUCCUCGCCUUGGCCAUGGCAGCCGCCAUCACCUCGCCGUGCGCUGCCCAGAACGCCCCGGCGGACUUCGUGAGCCUCCACAACUCUUUGCGUGCGCUUGUCGAAGUCGGGCCGGUGACAUGGGACACCACGGUGGCGAAUUACGCGCUGAACUAUGCGAACCAGCGCAAAGCCGACUGCAACCUGGUGCACUCCGGCGGGACGUACGGGGAGAACAUCUUCUGGGGCUCCGCCGGCGGCACCUGGACGGCGUCGAGCGCCGUCACCAUGUGGACCGACGAGAAGCAGUUCUACGACUACGCCACCAACACCUGCGCGACCAACAAGGUGUGCGGCCACUACACGCAAGUGGUGUGGAGGUCCUCCACGUCCAUCGGCUGCGCCCGCGUCGUCUGCGACAGCAACCGCGGCGUCUUCAUCAUCUGCAACUACAGCCCGCGGGGCAACAUCGCCGGACAGAAACCCUACUAG